AUGCUGCAAAACCAAGGCAGGUCCCCCGUGGGCCAGGGUCUAGCGGCCUCUCACGGCAGUUUAAGAGGAGCGUCGAACAUUAGACGGCCGCUGGCGCCCAGCCGUGCCACGCCGCGGCCUCUGCCCAGCGGUGGCGCCCACCCCGAGCAGCAUGAUCGGGCGCAGCACGACGCCGUCACGCCUGCCCCCCAGCAGCUCCCGCAGCAGCAGCAGCAGCAGCCCGCCUCCGACCCCGAGGCCAAGUACCAGCGCUUCGGCCCCUUCUUCGGCGGCCGCUUCAGCCUGUCUGACCUCGUCGACGCCGCGCCCCGCGUGCGCGUGCGCACGACGGCGUCGCGCGCGCGCAACGAGCUGCUGGAGCUGGCCGUCCUGAACGAGCGCCUCGCGGGCGUGGUGGAGCCCUGGGAGGCGCGCGCGCGCCUGGAGGUGCUGCGCAACCGGCGGCGCGCGUGGGACGCGGUGUACGACCUCGUCAGCGGCAGCGACGCGGCCGCGACGCUCGAGGUCAUCGAGGCGGCGGCGGAGCAGGCCGAUGCGCUGCUGUCUGAGGAUGGCCAGGAGCGCACCUCCGUGAGCGAGCUGCGGCGGCAGCUGAUCACGCUGCAGCAGCAGGUGGAGGAAGCCGGAGAGAAGCUGGCCGCCACGCAGUCGCGUGUCGACCAGAACCUGCAGCGUGUCGAGCGCCUCAAGCGCGAGGCCGCCGCCCUCGAGCGCGCGCGCGGCGCGGCCAGCGCGGCGCACGCGCAGGAGACGCCGCUCGCCGCCCCGGCGCCCGCCCCCGCGCUCGCAGCGCGCGCCGCGCCCGCGCCGGCGCCGCCGUCGCCGCCGCCUGGUCAAGGACACCAUGGUGCCCUUUGA